GUCCAGGUGAGGUUUUCAUCUCCUCAUUAGAUUCGCCCAAAUUUGGGUCUCUUCCCACUGAACCAAUCCAGAAAUCUUAUCCUGGAAUUCUCCUUCUGCUCGCUCACUGCGAUUCAUUGCUGGAAUUCACGCGUUCCUCAGUUUGGCGGAGCUUUUUCGCGUUGAAGAAUUUCGUGUUGAUCCCAAAUUCCCGCUAAUUUAGGCGUGUUUCACCAAUCGCCACUUGAUUGCGGAGGCUGCUGAUGUGUUGUGUGGAUUGUUGUAUUUGUAAUCUGUGUUGCUGAAGGAGUAUUAAUUCAGGCGACCUACUGUUUGUGUGUGUUUGAAUCGAUAUAUUCGCCAUCAUGUGUAUUGCAUUUUGAGAUUCUGAUUUUGGGGAGGAAAUUAUCGAGCGGUUUUACAAGAUAUUUUGGAUUUGGGGGGUGGUGAAGGAUUGGUCGGAUUAGAUCUAAUUGAUGGUGGUAUUUUAUUAUUGAUUCGUAUAUAAAAUUGUGGAAGAGUCCGGCGAAAGAUGCGGCGGCGGGCGUCCGACUAUCGGCGCCCGGUUCGAAGGAAGCUGCCGUGUUGGAUCUGGGCGCUUCUGGUGUUGUUCUUCGUUGUAGGUAUUGUUUUGUUUCUUGUCCAGCAUAACCAGGACGAGGAGGAUCAUGUGGAGCAGCCUGUUUUGGAUAGGAAUUCCAGAAGCGACUGGGUUAACGAGAGGCGUAAUUUAACAGAGGAAAUGUUGAGCGCAAGAUCAUACACUCGACAAUUGGCCGAGCAAAUGAUCCUCGCCAAAGCAUAUGUUAUCAUCGCCAAAGAACACAACAGUCUCCAUCUUGCCUGGGAGCUUAGUUCGAAAAUAAGAAGCUGCCAAAACCUGCUUUCGAAGGCUGCCAUGAGAGCCGAGCCGGUAACUCUAGAAGAAGCAGAGCCCAUCAUCAAAAGCUUAUCGACCCUCAUUUUCAAGGCCCGGGAUGCUCACUACGACAUCGCAACCACAAUGAUGACGAUGAAAAACUUCAUACAAUCUCUGGAAGAACGCCGGAACGCUGCGACGGUUCAGAGCACGGUGUUUGGACAAUUAGCUGCCGAAUCAGUGCCCAAGAACAUCGAGUGCAUCAACAUCAAGCUCACGACCGAUUGGCUUCUAAACAAGUCGUUGCUGGAAUUAGCAGAAGAUCGGAAGAACUCCCCUCGACUGGUGGACAACAAUCUCUACCAUUUCUGCAUAUUUUCGGACAAUGUAUUGGCUGCAUCGGUCGUCAUCAACUCCACCGUCUCUAAUGCCGAACAUCCGAAGCAGCUCGUGUUCCACAUCGUGACGAACGGUUUAAAGUUCGGGGUGAUGCAGGCGUGGUUCCUCAGAAACAACUUCCGAGGUGCGACGAUCGAGGUCCAAAACAUCGAAGACUUCACUUGGCUGAACGCGUCGUAUUCUCCCAUCGUGAAGCAACAAAGCGAUCCCGAAUCGAGGAAAUACUUCUUCGAAGGUACUUUGCAGGAUGGUAAUCUCGACCCUAUGUUCCGGCACCCGAAGUACGUCUCGUCGUUAAACCACCUCCGGUUUUACAUCCCGGAGAUCUACCCCCAGCUGGAGAAAGUCGUGUUCCUCGACGAUGACGUCGUCGUCCAGAAGGAUCUAACGCCGCUCUUUUCGCUCGACCUCCACGGUAACGUCAAUGGGGCGGUCGAAACUUGCCUCGAGGCCUUCCACCGGUACUACAAAUACCUCAACUUCUCCAACCCGAUCAUCAGCACGAAAUUCGAUCCGCAGGCAUGCGGGUGGGCGUUCGGGAUGAACGUAUUCGAUCUAAUCGCCUGGAGAAAGGCGAACGUGACGGCGAGAUAUCAUUAUUGGCAGGAACAAAAUGCCGACAGGUUGCUAUGGAAGCUCGGCACUCUCCCUGCCGGGCUUCUAGCCUUCUACGGAUUGACCGAGCCACUCGACCGGAGAUGGCAUGUAUUGGGACUGGGCUAUGACCUGAAUAUCGACAGCCGGUUGAUCGAAACGGCGGCCGUGAUUCACUUCAACGGGAACAUGAAGCCGUGGCUGAAGCUGAACAUCGGCAGAUACAGGCCGUUGUGGGAGCAGUAUCUUAACCAGACUCACCAUCACCUACGGUACUGCGUGACUAGUUGAUUCUAUGGUACGAACUACUUUCGACGCAUUCGAAUUCGAUUUUUUUUCUCUUUUGAAUCUUCUACAUUUUCUUGAAUAUAUGUUUGCAUUAGCAUAGAGCUUAGGGUAGAAAACUAUUUUUGAGAUGAAGAGGAUAAUUUGAAUACCCACUUUUCCAUAGAUGUCUGUUUUUUGUUUUCUCCUUAACACAAUAGCAAGAGCAAGAAAUGAUCAUCUUGUAUUAUCUCUUAUACAAAUUGCUGUAGUGAGAUUCCUCAUUAUUUUUGGGAGAUGAAGAAAUUCUUUCUUAGCUUCUCCAAAUUGUGUGCAAUUAUGCAAUACUCCUAAUGCCUAAGAGACUCAUUUGCAUUAUAGAUGUGCUUUUAGAAGUUUUGAAUUUGAGUAUGAAGUUUAGGAAUAGUGGAAAUUUGAAUUGAAAUACUCAGCCAUUCCGCUCUAUUA